CCAGUCGGCCACACCGAUCCACUCCUACAGCCUCCGGUCUCCCCGGCGUCCCGACUCCGAGCCCCGCCGCGAAGCCUCACCGGCAUGGCGACAGCCAGUGGCGCCCCGCCGCCGGCAAUGGACGAGAAGGCCCGGCGCACGCGCGACCUCCUCGCCAGCUUCUACAACACCGACCCCUCUGCGGCCGCUGGCGCCGGUGCCGCGUCCCCCGCGUCCCUGGCGCGGCCCUCCCCCACCGCGGCUCCUGCGUCGCCCCUGGACUCCAUCAACUCCACCUCCUUCGAUCCCGAGACCUACAUGAAUGUUCUGGUGCAACAAUCCAAUCUGGAAGGUCUUCUACAGAGGCAUGUGAAGAUGGCUGCCGAGAUCAAGAAUCUAGACACAGACUUACAGAUGCUAGUGUAUGAGAAUUAUAACAAGUUUAUUAGUGCAACUGACACUAUAAAAAGGAUGAAGACUAACAUUGUUGGAAUGGAGGCAAAUAUGGAGCAACUCCUUUCAAAGAUAACAUCGGUGCAGUCAAAAAGUGACACAGUGAAUACAUCUCUUUUCGACAAAAGGGAAAACAUAGAGAAAUUACACCGUACACGCAAUCUGCUCCGAAAAGUUCAAUUCAUAUAUGACCUUCCAACUCGGCUUAACAAAUGCAUCAAGACCGAAGCAUAUGCUGAUGCUGUCAGGUUUUUUACUGGAGCAAAACCUAUUUUUGAGGCCUACGGAGAUACAUCCUUUCAAGACUGUAAAAAGGCAUCUGAGGAGGCAAUGGAUUUAGUUAUACAACAUCUUCAGGCAAAGUUAUACUCAGAUUCUGAACCUAUUGAAGCAAGAGCAGAAGCUGUAGUUCUCCUUAAAAAAUUGAACUUUCCAGUGGACAACCUAAAAUCUAAUCUACUCGAAAAGUUAGAAGAUUGUCUUUUGAAUCUCCAGAAUGAGUCUACACAGGCUUCAAUCGGCGACAUUUCAAAGACAUUCCGUGCUUAUUUAAUAAUAUUUCCUGAUUCAGAAAGACGUCUCAUUGAACUUGCACAAGCGUUGUUCUCAAACCGAUAUGAAACAGUCAGAGGGAAUCUGAAGAAAAGAAUUCCGUCAACGGAUCUGCUGGCAAUGCUACGAUCCUUGUGGGAGGAUGCAAGCGCCAUCGAUGAAGUUAUUCCAGAGGCUGCGUUACCAGCUUUUUCUUUGGAGACAACUCGAGACAUGAUUGGGCAACACAUAGCGACUGCCUUUCUUCAUCUUCAAAGUGAAAUAUCAGAUGCCUUGGUUAAAACACAUUCAACAUCAAAGGAGAAACUAGAAGAAUCGCAGUUGCAAAAUGCUAUGGAUACAAGCAAAAUCAGAGUAUCUCAAGGAUGUAUAGAUCUCCUGCAGGAAUUUCAUCAUUUGAUAGAUGGCAAUACAGAGUUGCUUCUAAAGCUGAGAGAUUUGAUUAUUGAUUGGGUACAAGAAGGUUUUCAAGAUUUUUUUCAGAAACUCGAUCGGCAUUUUCAUGUGCUCUCUGGGAGAAGCAAGAGUUUUCCACAAGAGUCUAGUGCUCUGGACUCUGUGCAAAUUGAUAAGGUCCCAACAGUUUUGGUGCUUAUGCUUGCACAACUCUGUGUUUACAUUGAACAAACAACUAUUCCUAAAGUCACAGAGGAGUUGGCUUCUUCAUUUUCUGGAGGUGGUGCACGUAGUUACGAAUACGGACCACCUUUCGUACCUGGAGAGAUAUGCCGUCUAUAUCGUUCAUCUGGGGAGAAAUUCUUACACCAUUACAUAAAUAUGAAGACUCAGAAGAUCUCCAAACUUCUUAAUAAGCGAUUUACAACACCUGUUUGGAUAAAGCACAAGGAACCACGGGAAGUAAACAUGUUUGUUGAUCUACUUCUCCUUGAGUUGAAUGGUGUAGUAUCUGAAGUCAAGCAGAUCUUGCCUGGUCUAAUUCGUCGACAUCGACAUUCUGAUAGCACUGGCAGCACAACUUCCUCUAGAAGCAAUCCAAUGCGAGAAGACAUGUUGAACCGAUCAAACACAAACCGUGCUAGAAGUCAGUUUUUGGAAAACCACCUAGCAAAGUUAUUUGAGCAGAAAAUGGAAAUAUUCACCAAAGUUGAAUACACACAGGAAUCUGUAAUAUCUACUGUCCUCAAGCUCUGCCUGAAAAGCUUGCAAGAAUUUGUCCGUCUUCAAACUUUCAACAGAAGUGGAUUUCAGCAGAUUCAGCUGGAUAUGGAAUUUCUCAAGAGCUCCCUUAAGGAGUUUGUGGAUGAUGAAGCACCUAUUAGCUUUUUACUCAAAGAGGUGAACAAUGCUGCCCAUGAGAGAUGUCUUGACCCAAUCCCUCUUGAGCCCCCCAUAUUGGAUAAGCUCAUAAAUGCAAAGUUAGCCAAAAUUAAAGAGCAAAACCUAAAUAUGCAGUAGUAUGCACAGAUUGGUAACAUUAACUACCAUUCAGUUCCAUCCAAUUGAAUGUACACUCUUUCGAGUGAGGUGUGCAACUGCAUAUGGUUUAGGGCAUGCAGCAUGUUGUCUGUAUGUAAAUCUGGAGUCACUUGAACUGAACAACACUCCCCAAAUUUAUACUAGUAUACUUAAUUUGAGGUGGUUGACCUCUCAGCAUCCCCUUUUGCUUGUCAAGCGACGAUCAAAUUGUUCUUCUCCACAUUGUCUUGAGUUCAGCUAUGUGUCUGGAGAGUUCUGGUCCGAUAUUAAUCAAACGGGCAUUGUGAUGUUGUUGAAUGAAGAUAGGUAAAUACAGUAUUCUGAGGACAUAUACAGUAGAAAUUAUAUUGGCUGCUAUGAUCAAGCACCUCAUGGGCAACUACUCUAUAGUUACUUUUUCUGGAAAGCAAUGACAAAAUUAUCACAUGAAGUUUGCUUGUCGGGAUUGUGAUAUCCCUUUUUACGCCCUUAUUGUUUUUCUUAUCUCUCAUCUUCAGUUGUACCAUCUUUGCUUUCAACUAUAGUUUCAUGUGGUCCGUGACCCAAUUUUGCUUCUUGUAACAUAUAUGUUUGCUCGCUAAUCACAUUUUGAGUUGUAUUGC